AUGCUCAAGAUUGGGAGCCUUCUGAGUAGGUUUGAGAAAGCCUACGUUAAGCACGUGUUUAGAGAAUCUAACCGGUGUGCGAAUGCUCUUGCUAAAUCUGGGUGUCGAAUAAAUAGGGAUACAUAUCAUUAUCUUGUUGCUCCUAACUUUAUUGAGGAGUUGUUAGUUGAGGAUAUUGGAGGAGGUUUCUCCUCUAGGGAGGUGUUCUUGUAG